AUGGGUUUCCUGCGGUCACUGAAGGGUAAACUGAAAGAAAACGCCUCGAGCUCGUCGCAUUCAGGAUGGCCAGGCUCGAACUCGAGCGCAGCACCGCCCGAGUGGGCUGCUGCCCCUGAAGUAUCUCACACAUGGGGCAAAUGGAACGAAGCCCCGGGAGAAGAAUACGACGCCGCCCAACUAUUCUGCAGAGACAACCCCGUAAACGCCCCGCGCCUCCUGCCGUCACUCGCUGUCGACAGGAUCGCAGAGAUCGGGUGUCGUGCAUGGGGCAUCGAGGUCCCCGAGUCGCCACGCUUCGUCGGGCGCGUGCAGAAUAUCGGGGAGGCCAAGGGGAAUAGCGCCGUGGUGACGGUGCAGACGCAGGAGGAGUGCAAGGACGUGUGCCUCCUGAGCGAUCUGCCAAUCGUGGCGGGGCUGUAUGAUGUGCAGGGGAAGACGGGGGUUUACUAUGAGGUGUGUAUAAGGAGGAUGAAUGGAAUUAUCGCUGUUGGCACAGCCUGCAAGCCACACCCCGCCUGGCGCCUCCCGGGGUGGGAUAGGCUCAGCGCAGGCUUCCACCUCGACGACUUCCGCAAAUUCUUCGAGGACCCUGACGGCGGACGUGACUACCUCCCGCCCACCUCCUCCCUCACGCGGAUCCGGCCUGGGGACAUCAUCGGGUGCGGGUACGAGUUCGCCUCCGGGGCCCUCUUCUUCACUUACAACGGUGCCCGGCUCCCGAAUGCAUUCACCGGCAUCUACCUCCCGCGACACGCGCAGGACGUGUUCGCGGCGGUCGGUGUGGAGGGCCGGUGUGAAUUUGAGGUGAACUUUGGUGGCGAUAUGUUUAGGUGGAAGGAGGGGAAUGAGUGGGCGUGGAGGGUUGAGGGGCAUGUGGGGCGCAUGGUGGGUAGUUCGAGAGGUGAUGAAGAGGAGCUCCCGUCGUAUCAGGAGGCACGGAUUUAUUGA